AUGUUGACGGCCUUAGCCUGGACAUUUAUUGCUUGUAUCAUUGUCUUUUUCCUUGUCAUUGUCUUUCUUUUAUUCUUUACACGGUCACCCAAUCAGUUAUCCCUGUCAUUGGUCGAUAGCGAAUCCAACUUUGAGGAAUGGUUACAGGAAUCGGAAGACCAAAUAGCGACGCUUUCGGAAGAUGCUCGGUUAAGUUAUGAGAGAGCCAAAGUGUUUCAACAGCGACAUCCACCUGAUAGUAUACCCACCGAUAUCACCCCGCCUCAGCUUGUGUCUAUCCAAGAGAAAGGUGUUUCGGCCUUUGAGUUUGAAUGGGAACCAGAUGCAAACUGCUUUGUAGCAGCACGUACAGAAAUACAAUUUAUUCAUGGAGAAUCCUGUGUACAAACCAAUCUACCUUUGCCAAGAAAUCAAGAAGUAUAUUAUUGGGAGGCCAAAAUGUUUGAUCUUCCCGAAACAACCACCGUAUCUGUUGGAGUAGCUACUAAGCCAUAUCCAAGCUGGCGAUUACCGGGCUGGAACCGUUAUUCGAUUGGCUACUUUUCCAAUGAUGGCAACAAGUACUUUAGCUCUCCUUUCAAUGGCAAACCCUAUGGGCACACUUUCAAGCAUGGCGAUGUGGUGGGUGUUGGCUAUCGACAUCGAACGGGGACGAUCUUUUUUACAAAGAAUGGACGCAGAUUGGAGGAUGCCUAUACAGGCUUAAGGUGGAAUUUGUUUCCGACAGUGGGUGCGAACGGACCAUGUCAAGUGCACGUCAAUCUUGGUCAAAUGGGAUUUGUGUUUAUUGAAGCCAAUGUGAAAAAGUGGGGACUGGCACCAUCUCAAGGAACACUUGCACCGCCUCCUGCUUAUGGAUUGGAACGCGAUACGAUUCUACUUGCAUCAUCCAAUAUCGACACUAAUCAACAUGGUGACAGCAGCAGCAGCAGCAGUAGUAGCAGUCAUCAUGCACAACAAGACGUCGUAAUCCCAAUGGCGGGUGGUGGCAAUACAACUCAUGAACCUCCUCCCUAUACUUCACAACAUCGUCAAGGCGAGAAUAGUAGUAGUAGUCAUAGUCAUAGUCAUAGCUAA